AUGGAAGUGUCGGGCAAAACCUUCGACCUUGCUCAGGCCGUGGGCCAACAUCACACCCGCCAGAUAUACUACACCGCACAACGGGAGGGGGCUUCCUCCCCCCGGUACUCGCGCGCAGAGCUGGCGCAGCAGCUUCUGGCCGACAACCAACUCGCCUUCACAUCAUAUCCAGAUCCGGCUUUUGUGGUGGACCGCCCGGCUCAUCCCCCGUGCAGUACCGCCUUGGAAAGUCUGAACCGGGUGAAUCUCACCAGCUUGCUUGUGAACGUCCACAACAAGGGUAAAUUCGUGCUCGCCCGACAGACGGGGCAGCUGGUGCUCAGCGACACGACUCUUGUCACUGGCGUUGAAGACGAACAUGGCAAUGUCGCUCUCCUGAGACUCGAUACUCACAACCGCCCAGGAGAGGACGUCUUGCUACCGCAGACAAUUAUCGCUAUCAAGGAACCCCACUUCGCCUGCGCGCUUCAGUAUCGGCCGCGGGCAGGCGACGAGGCGAGCGCUCACAUUCUGGUCCAGCAUAUUUCGGACGUGGUGCAGCUUUUGCCUACUGAUCUGCGCGUCCCCAAUUCGUUUCGAGCAGUCGUGGACGACGGAAACACAUAUGCGUUAAGGUGCAAGGAGAAGGGGAACAAAGCUUUGAAGAACGGACAACUGGUUCAUGCGCUUGCACAGUACACGGAAGGUAUAUCAGUGAGCGAGCAAGACGAGCUGACGCAUGACAUUACGCGGAACCGUGCGUUGGUACAUUUGAAACUUUGCCGCUUCGAUGCUGCCAUAGUAGACGCGCUUUCUUCCUUGACGAAAGGCACCGAUCCCAGGUCGAAGAGUCUCGAUGCUAAAGCGUAUUACCGCGCAGGGCUUUCGGCUUAUCAGCUUGGCGACUUUCAGCAAGCAAGUGAGCACUUCGAAUCCAAUCUUCGUCUGGAUCCUACCGACAGAGAUUCAACACGGGAGCUCGCCCGCACUUCCGCGAGACUCGUCGAGCAAUCCGGAAAGUACGACUUUGAGAAGAUCAUCGCCGCACUCUCUACUUCGAAACCUCGUGUCGACGCUGCGGAUUUUCUCCAGCAGGUGGAAGUGCGUGCUAGUCCUGGGAGAGGACGUGGCCUGUUCUCAACGGCACCGAUCAAGAUGGGUGAUUUGAUCUUGUGUGAGAAAGCCACCUGCGUUGUGUACGAGAACGAUAUCGGCGCGUAUGAAACACUGAAACUCGACGUCGCUCGAGCAGCCGCCUACACCAUCAAGACCGGGGCUAUGCACCGAGUACUGCUGAAGAAACUGCACGACAAUCCGUCGCUGGCUCCAAAGGUACUGAGCCUGUACGAUGGACAGCCAUCCACCGGAUCUCCAGAGCCUUGCACUCCUUUGGUGGAUGGAAUGCCAGUGUUGGACUUUUUCCAGAUCCAUGAGAUUCUCCAUUACAAUUGUUUCAGUACUGGUAUUGCCCGCAACCCGAGCAGUUGCCGCGCUCCAUUUGGCGACCCGAGAGCAUGGGGAGCCACCACCGGAAGGGGAAUCUGGCCCACGGUGACAUUGGCCAAUCAUUCUUGUAUUGGAACCGCUAGUCAUUGCUUUAUCGGAGACCUGUUGGUCAUGCGUGCUACCAAGGACAUUUCUAUUGGGGAUGAGAUCACAAUCGGCUACAAAGACACGAUGGACCAGAAGGAAAUGCAAUACCACCUCAACGAUGCUUGGGGCUUUGUGUGUACCUGUCUGUCCUGUUCAGUCGAAGACCAGACCAGCAACGACACGAAACAGAAGCGAUCCCAGUAUCUUGAGCAACUUAGAGUACGCGCUACGAAGAGUCCAACUGCGGUGCAAGACAUCGCCAAAAUGGUUCGCAAGAUCAAUGAGACGUACGGAGCCAUCUCUGCGAGCGCCCCGACAAAACCAGUCAUGAUACCUGCUUAUACGGCUCUUGGGAAUGCUCAAAUAUACCAACGCGAUCACAAUGGCGCGAUUACUAGCUAUAUUGGAUGGCUCAAGGCCUGCGGAUACGGGGUCAAUUUGAGCAUCGACAAAGUCGUUCUCGAUCCAACUUUCGCCAUCGCUUCAUACGAAGUUGUGAGGCCACUCCUCUUGCUGUCGCAGCUCCAGAGAAUUGUCGGGAAGCCCAAGCUCACCGCUGAAUUCGACCGGCUGGCGAAGGAGUUCUAUUUGAUCCACAAUGGCACUAUGCAUGGGUUCGACAAGGUGAUGACGAUUGGGGAGUAG